AUGGUACACGCCCGAGCCAAGAAAAACAACAAGGAUUCUCCAUUUUCAAGUAGUGGCAGCAGUGCCGACAAUAGUAGCGGCUUUGGAAAUAGCGGCAGCAGUAGUAGUAGUGGGAGUAGUGGAAUAGACAGCAGCAGUAGUAGUGGAGAGAGUGAGACCAAACCAUUGUCAACCAUUCCAAAACACACUCCAUCGUCAACAAACAACUCUUUAUUGUCAUUGACACCACCCAUUUCGACUACCCCCACCCAAUUGCUUCAACCCUCUUCACAGGGACCAUCAUCACUAUUAUCAUCGUCGAUAUCUCACGACAGAGGUGAAGAGGUGACUGAUCAAAGUAACAAUAAUGGAAAUGAAGAUAGCAUGGAAAUAAUCGGCAGUUUAAAUAGUGUUAAUGAAGAAGAAGAAGAAGAACUAUUACCUGCAACCCCUUUAAAUGUUCAUAAUAAUAAUACCAAAACAUUUAAAAAAUAUAGUCAACCAUCUCCACCUUAUAAUAAUAAUAAUAACAAUAAUAAUAAUAGUAAUAAUUGUAAUUAUACAAAGAGUAUUAUGAAUUUAAUUAACAAGUCAAAUACCCAAAAAAGUCAUCAUAAUGGUCAUGAAAUUGAAAUUAUAGAUGAUGACGAACAGGCUAUCAGUGGUAAUAAUAAGAGUAUUAAUAGUAAUAGUAAUGGUAAUAAUUCACCAGUUUCACCCGAUAUGAUGAAUUUUGGUCAAAAAGGUGGAAAAUCAAAAUUAUUGUCACCAGAUCUACCAAACGAUGCCAGUAUCGAUGAUUUACCAUCAUCACAGGCAUUACAAAGUCAAUCAUUUCAAAGAUCAUCACAAUCAUCACAAAAUAGUAGUUCAUUUGACAAGUCAUUUACCAACAGUCAAAAUACAUCUUUUGGACCAACAAAAAAUAAUAUUAGUACGAGUAGUGGUGGGAUUAGUAACAGUGGCGAGAGUAGUAUUACUAGUUUAAUCAACCUUCCUGGAACUGGAAAAUACCCAAAAAAUACAAACACCACAAGUCAAUUCCAUCCAUAUGCUAAAAAACCUGAAACUAUAAAUGAUGAAAAUUUUGAUAUAAAAGUUGAUGAAGAUGAAUAUUUAAAUUAUGAUUUGGAUUCAGAUUUAAAAGGACAGUUCAGUAGUGAGAUGGUUAAACAAUCGGAUCAAGGAGUAUUGAUUUUCUAUCGAAAAAUAUUGGCCAUUCUAAUUGGAAUCAAACAAAAGACUAUAUUAUUUGAAGACCAACAACAAUACUUUAAUACUAUGUUUUUUGUCUUGUUGGACAAGGAUUAUAAACCAAUAUACCACCAGGUGCAAGUAGACUCGCAAGGCACCGAGACAAGGGAGUUUUUGAGAACGAGUCGUCGCCGAAAGAAUGGCACGCAGCAGUCUAAUCAACCAAUCACCGUGUUUCAUCCUCCACUUGGCCAAUUUAGUAACUUUCGUCUUGGCUAUAUGACCAAGGAGACAUCGAGCCAUCUUUAUCGUGUUCCUCUGUUCAUGUCACACGUCUCUACUAUUAUUGGACAGGCUCAUGUGUAUGCCAACACUGCCAACCAAAUAACACACAACAAUGCCGUCGAAACCAAGCAGAUUGUGUAUCGCAAAAAUUGGUACUGGCAUUUCCUCAAUGUCACUCUCGAAAAUAUCAAAUGUCAUUGUGGUAUCAAUCCAAAGUUUCAACAACUACCUCUACAAGGAUUCAGCCUUUCUCAAUCAUCUCAACCAUCUUCACAAUCUACUUCAUCUUCAUCUUCAUCUUCAUCAUCGUCAUCAUCUACUUCACAACGAAAAUAUUCUUAUGAACCUCUUCCAUCCCCACCUGGUAAUAGUAAUGGUGUGAGACAAAAUCAAUUUGAAUUUACAGUUCUUGAUAAUAAUCAAUCAGGAUUCCAAAAAUCCCUUUAUCCUACCUCAUCAUUGUCAUCAAUAUCAUCUUCUACUACCACUAUUAGAGGAGGAGGUCAAAAUGGUAGUUCCACACCCAAUGGUAGUAACACUCCUCCCACAAAUGGAUAUUACAAGAAUCAAACUACAAUGGAUCACUAUCACCAUAUGUCACCCAGCAACAAUAAUGGUAAUAAUAAUAAUAAACAAUCUCAACAUACUCAUCAACAUCAACAAAUGUUGAACCAACAACAACACCAACAACACCAAUUAAAUACAAUUCAACAAAAUAUGAAACAAUUUUUUUCAUCCAUUUCAUCCAUCGAAUCUAUAAACUACCAACCAAGGGGUUUCCAACAAUCACCUCCUAAUACAGUAUGUUCUAGUGAUGAUGAGCCGGAAUUAAUUGAUCACACAAAUAAUGUAAAUUCAUAUAUUAAUAAUAUUAAUAAUAUUAAUAAUAAUAAUAACUAUAAUAUUAAUAAUAAUAAUAAUAAUAAUAAUACACAAACUAGUACUAUAACUAAUAAUAAUAAUAAUAAUGUAAAUAAUAAUAAUAAUAAUAAUAAUUUUGUACGUAAUAAUAAUGGUAUAAUUCCAACAGAAGUUUCAUCUUGUUCUUCGUCACCACCAGGUACACCAGAAUCGGAAUCUUCUUCACCAAACAAUUCUUCAGAUCCACAUUCACCACCACCUAAUGGCAAAAGUAGUACUAAAACUAGAAGUGGUACAAACUUUGCAACAUCGACACCACCACAAUCUGCAAGUGGUCGUACAUCUACUACUGCUGAAACAGAAAUGAUGGAUCCAGCAUUAGUUUUAAUGACCAACCCUAAUUUGUCGGUCGAGGAACAAGGACGCCUCAAAGAGAAAUGGAGAAAAAAGAUAUCAAACUUUAAAGACACUCUUCUUAGUACCAUAGUCGAAGACCAAUUCCAAAGACGUCGUGAAGAGUAUCACACCAUUGUCCAACAAUUCAACGAUUACUAUUCCACUCGUUUCCCAUCCACCAGACAAAUUCGUAUCGACGAUGAUUUUCCACAGACCUCAAAAGAAGUACACGAUUAUUUGAUUCGACACAAUCUAUCUUCUAAAAAAAGAGAUGAUUCUCAUUUUACAAGAUAA